AUGUCCCCAAGUAGGCAACUGCGGGAGGAGCACGGUCCACGGGGGGGCAGGUCGUUAGGCGCCAAGAUCAAAAUCGCGCGCCAGCCCGAAUUUCUCUCUCUCAUUCCCACUCCUUCCACCACCACCAUCCGCACGCGGUACCCCCACCUCCCUCUAUACCCUCCCACCCCCGAUACCUCUCUACAAUCUACGAUGGCGAACCAACAACAAGCGCUUGUCAACCUCAACGCGGCCCCGGCCAAUCCUCAGCAGGCUGCCGCCGCGCCGCCGCAUGCCCCCGGCCGGGAGAACGUCCCACCAAUCCCCACGACCCCCGUCCCAUUCCCUCGCCCUUCUCUCUCUCCGGCAACGCUGGGCCCUCACAAUGGCCAGCUCAGUCCCCACACCCCCUACCAGAGCGAACAGACGUUCGCAGAGGAAGCGGCGAUCCCCGACUGGCCGUUCCGUGGGCCUGAGGGCCCUCUGCAGCGCACACGGAUCGAAGGGUUCGAUGAGCUCGUGUUCGGCGCGUUCUGA